AUCACCACCACCACCAGCACCAGCAGCAGCCGUCGUCCUUUGGUGGUAUCAUGGUGUCGCAGGAGAUCACAGUCAACGUGCGGCCUGCAGGGGAUAUGUCGGAUGUACCAGCCCGCCAUAGCCCUGUGAGCAGCAGGCACCGGUCAGCUGAGCAGUCAAGACCACUGAUCCAGCGGCGGGGAAGCGAGGGAGGGCCCCAAUACCACCACCACCUUCACCAGGCGGGGCCGACAGGAGAGGCGAACACUCCGUCGCCGGCGGAGAUGAAGAGGCCUGGGGCUGAGCUGGGGACAGCGGCUGCUGCUGCUGCUCAUUACCCCGGUGGGCCGUCGGCGACUGUGAGCAGCGGAGGUGGGGUGCCGACGGCAGGGAUCGAAAUGAAGCCGCUGGCGGCGCAUCGGACGAGCGUACACAUUGGGGCGGGCGUGCAGGUGUCGAACGUGGAGGCGGAGAAGCUGACCGAGGUGCCGACCUUUGUAGACGAGUUGGUGGGGUUCUGCGUGGAGGCGAGGUGAGGAUCAUGAUGAAGGUGUGAAGGAAGAUGAAGAGGAUAAAUUGAGAUUCAUAAUGUAUGAUUGAUUCACGGCCCCUUG